GAUCAAUGAAAAGAUGCGUGCAUUACAAGAGCUCAUACCCAACUGCAAUAAGAUUAUGUCAAUGGGAACUGGGUUGUAUAUGCCUCCUAUGAUGUUACCCACUGGAAUGCAACACAUACACGCAGCUUAUAUGCCACAUUUCUCACCAAUGGGCAUGGGAAUGGGAAUGGGAUUUGGGUUGGGUAUGGUAGACAUCAAUGGUGGACCACCUGGAUGCCCUAUGAUUCCAAUGCCCCACAUGCAAGGAGCACAUUUCCCUUCCAGACCAAUAUCUGGGCCCAGUACUUUUCAGGGAAUUACUGGAUCUAACCUUCAGGUUUUUGGUCAUCCUGGUCAAGGACUUCCCAUGUCAGUGCAUCGAGCUCCCUUGGUACCUCUGCCUGGACGGCCUCCUGAAUACACGAGGAUGGAAACCAAUGUGGGAGUUCCAAAUGCGGCUUCAUGCUUGAACUCAAAAGAUAUGAUGCAGAAUGACAAGACACAAGGGAUGCACAAUGCUGAUACUAGUAGCUCAAUGAAUCAGAUAUGUAGUCAGAAUACCAACUCACAAUUGAUGCACAAUGCUGAUACCUGUAGCUCAAUGAACCAGACUUCUGGACAGUUCCAAGAAACAAAUGAGGAUUUUGACCAGCCUGCGCCGGUGCAAAAAAAUGAUCAAUCUGUAGAUCUUAUUGGCAGUGCAGCUGUGAACUUGGCUAAUGUAAAUAACAUCAUUCCUAGUAAAACUGCUGGAUGUGAAUGACAGCCAAAACCAAACUUUACGGGCAGCUCAGUGAAAUAGCUUGCAACAUUUCUCAUACAGUGGCAAAAUUUUACCAGGCUGUCUGAAUUCUAAUUUCAGGACUGUACAAUACAAACUGCACAGAUUUUGUUAUUUUUACGGGACUUAGGAUCUUCCUCAUGUGCAUUCACUUGCAAGAGCCAUCAGUUGGUGGUUUAGGUCGGAUGUCAGAAGAGUUGAGAAGUUCUUAGCCAAUGUAGUGAAAACUAUUUUCUGAACAUAUGCUAAUAAUUUUCGAAGUUAAUGAAAUUCAUAAUCUCUUACUAGUUUUCAGCAGGCAGUCUGUAUGAAGGUGGAACGCACCCGAGUAGUGUUUUUCUGACUAGUCAACUAUUCUAUGAUUAAGGCAGCAAUUGUCUUCCAUUGCAUUUUCGGUGAGCUCUCUCUUAUGUCAUUUGAUGAGGAACCUCUUGUGUCACCAUUGUCAUAUGUUAAUUACUUCCUAAAUGGAGAAAAAUGUGACUUUCUAUUGUGUU